UCUACUAUAUCUAUAUACAUGUGUAUAUCUCGAAGCUCUCUUCUAAUCAGACCAAAUCCAAGCUUGAAAAAUUCAAUUUCCUUGCUUUCCUCACAAAACCCAUUUCGUUUUGCUUCAGAAUUCUUCAAUUUCUUUGCUUAAUUUCCCAUCCAAACCAGAGUGUUUUGGUCUAGAUCAUCAUAGUAGUAACACUUCAACAAGGCUUGUGCUCUGUAGUUUGAGAUCGGAUCAUUCUAUGGCAACCUCAUCCCAGAAGCCCCAAUCUGUUCACGAGUUCACCGUCAAGGAUGCUAAAGGGAACGAUGUGGAUCUUAGCAUCUACAAAGGGAAGGUCCUGUUGAUUGUGAACGUUGCAUCACAAUGUGGCCUGACCAAUUCAAAUUACAAGGAGUUGAGCCAGUUGUAUGAGAAGUACAAAGAUCAAGGGCUCGAGAUUUUGGCAUUCCCAUGCAAUCAGUUUGGUGGCCAGGAGCCAGGGAAUAAUGAGCAGAUAGUGGAGUUUGCUUGCACUCGAUUUAAGGCUGAAUUUCCCAUAUUUGAUAAGGUUGACGUGAAUGGUGAGAAUGCUGCUCCAAUAUACAAGUUCCUAAAAUCAAGUAAAGGUGGAUUUUUUGGUGAUGGAAUUAAGUGGAAUUUCUCCAAAUUCCUGGCAGAUCAAGAUGGGAAUGUCAUUGGUCGUUAUGCUCCCACUACUUCUCCACUCAGCAUUGAGAAGGAUAUAAAGAAACUAUUGAAAAUCACUUAAGUGCUGAAGGGUAGUUUGUUGAGGGAAGUUGCAUAAUAAAGCAAUUAUGAUGGGGUGUAUUCUAAUGUAUUGUAUGUACUUCGCAUCUCAUCUGCUAUUGGAUUGAUGUAAAAAUUUGGAUUUUUUUAAUUGUGAUUUUUUUAAUUGUGAUGGUUUUGCAAUGUGUGCGCCAACUUUCUUGUGUAUGGUAUGUAUUGAUAUAGAAUUUAUAAUAAUGAGUUUCCUAUAAAGCAAUAUCAGAUCAUUAUAUA